AUGGGUGUUGCGGCAUGGAGGAUUGGAGAAGCACAUUUGCCUGAAGACCCCGUGAUUGACUUGGGCAAUGUAUGUUGUGGCAUGGAGGAUUGGAGAAGCGGUUUGCCUGAAGACCCCGUGAUUGACAUUGCAGAAUCUAGGACCAUGAGUUCUGGACCGGAAUCUACGAUAUACCACCACACACAGUUUCUUGGGGGCACUGCAGGUACAAACAUGGAGGAACAGAUACCCGGACUGCCUGAAAACCUGAGGAAUAUGGACAAUGUGGCAUAUAGAACCAUGCCUCUUGGAACACUUCCAUCCGGAUCAAAAUCCGACAAAGAGACACAGAUUUUUCAAAGCAUUUUGUGUUCUAAUAUGGAGGAGUCAUCGAAUAUACGACAAAGGGAUACAUAUUCUUCAAAGCGAUCUGUGCUUUGA